UCUUGGGGCCAAACUAUCUCGCCAGCUCAUGAUGCCAUGGGCGGAUCACAGACACGCGAAGAAGCAGAAGAGUUUCAGGAUGACGUCUUCCCCUGGUUUCACUUGAUCCAGUGGAGCGCGGAAGAUGCCAAGAACAACUGCAUCUUUCGUUACGAUUUGAGCGGAGCACAGGAGAAGGCCAAGGCGCUCACCAAAGAUGUGGACAGCUUUCUGCGCCUUUGCCCCUGCGGCCUGCCACAGGAUUCCGGCUUCAGCAUGGAGGACGACACCAACUUCGCGGAAUGGGCUGGAGCACUGCUGGAAUGGAACUCCGAGCUACGUAUGGUGCGCUUCCAGUUGGUGCCCCGCCGCUUUAGUGAGAAGACCUUCUGGAGCCGUUACUUCGCGGCGCUGCGGCGUGAAAUUCAGCAGCUCAUCUUUGGGGAGGACCCGGAGGAGGACCCAGAGGAGUUAGAGACGGAACCACCGAUCCAUCCGUGACGGUCGCGUCGAAGCACAGGGGCGCUGCCAUGAUCAAAA